UGUCUAGGAUCUGUUCUGUGUACUGGAAUUGGUGUGGAUGCUGUGGGUUUUUGCAUUUUAUUCCUUUGAUAUUUACUUCAGGCCAAUCGUUCUUUAUCUGAUGUUACACCCUCCUGAGCUCAAGCUCUCCUGCCCUCUUAUUACUUAACCUUACUUCUCUAAGAUUGUUAUCUGAUGACUCACUACUUUGACUGUCACGCUCUUCUGUUGUGUCUUGCUCAAUAGAAUCUGACAGCCAUUCUUGUGACCCUUGAUCUCCUGUCUCUUGGGGUUCAAGAUUGUCUUCCCAAGGUGCAGUUGGUUUCAUCUUACUUAUGGUUUCUGCUAGCCUUGGCUGUACUUCAUACCUUUCUUUUUGCUGUUUAAGAGUUUUUAUUUUAUCUUGAUCUCUCUCUUUAACGAGGAGAUUUAUAGUCAUUUGAAUUUCUUGGGACAUUUCUAUUAUUCCAGCUACGAGUCCCUCGAGUCCCCAGUAGUGACAUUGUUCUGUCACUACUGGGGACAUAUGUAUUUCUUUAUCACCUCUGCCGUUAGCUUCUCUAAUUACAUUUUUUAUUUACAAUCUAGUCUCUUCUCCAGAUUGUUCUUCUGUGCGUGUCUGUGUACUACUAUCAGUUAAUGCUACAUGUGCCACACUAUUCCAUUUUGGAGAACCUCUACAAAUUCUUACAGUUCCUGUUUGCUGAGGACCUAAUCGCAUUCUCAUAUUCUCUAUCUCUUUAAGAGAUGUAUUUCUGCAUUUCUGUGACUGCAGGCCUAGGUAAGUGCGGUUCUGCUAUGGUUAUAACACUAUCUCUAUCUUCUUCCUCUUGUGGUAAAGUAAGAAGGAUUUCACUUGUAGUUUGAAAGUCUGUCAUUGCUUCCCGGUAAAUCCUAACUUUCUCCAUAUUUGGAACUUCACCCUGAGAUUUCUUUCAUUUUUUUCCGCUCAUAGUAUACAGCUUUGUUUUCCCCAUGGUUUUUCUACGCACUGUGCUCAUAAUGCCCUCUGACUCUGAGCUUUUGCACUGAAUAGCCACUUCCUGUCCAUAGUGACUUCCUAACUCUAUGGCCCACUGUAUGACUGCUAAAGCAACUUCAGAUUCUUGGAAAUUACCUUUUGCAAUCCAUCUCGGCUUGGUAAUCAUAAAAGUAUCUGACCAGGCUCUAUCUCCUGAACCGAGGUCUCUGCCCUUAAGGCCUUUUUCUCCCAUGCUUUUACCCAGUGGUCUCCCCAGGUGUAGGCUUGAAUUAAGAUAUUACUGGAUUUUCUCUGGGCUUUUUUACCUGCCAUACUAGGGCGUCCCCUACUACAGGUUUCUCAACUCAAUAGCCCCUCUAGACCCCUCUCUAGGUCUCACGGGUAGCGAUCCUGUUUCCUGGCCCUUCAGUCCUUUCUCUGGACUGGAACAUACUAUCUCUCUCUCGACUAGUAUCUAACCGAAUCCUUUCUGGAUUGGUCUACGUGGGUCUUACAGACAGCUCUUCAGUAUGGUUUCUACACUUUCAACUUAAAACUCAAACCUCAAGCCACUCACGUUGGGCGCCAUGUUAUUCGGUGUGACCAUUUAUGGUACACCUUUUAACCCUAGGAUUAUUCAGGUAGGGUAAGGAAAGUCAAAUCUAGUCUAAACCAUGAGAUACUCAUCCGCCGGCAGGUUGAAGUCCUUCAGGAAUGACGCAGAAGACUACCUUGUGGUUGUUCUUUGUCGAGGCUCAGAUUGUAGUUAUAAUAAGUAAAGUCUCACGGAAGGCAAACGUAACAAUAAAAUCUCUUUUAUUGAUUACAAUACAAAGCAGUUAAUGCAAAAUAAAACAAAAUAAAACUUAAAUCAGCUUAAGCUAAAAAGCUCUAUAACCUAGAUUUGCCCAGCAAUAUUGGAGAUGCUGUUAAGCGCCCCUCGUUAGGGUAUCAGGUGUCCUUCUACGCUUAAUGCAGGCAGCAUCUGAGGAGGCCUUUUACUCCUCAGACUCUUAUACUAAUUAUUGGGACAUUCCAACUUCAUAUUACACAUCAAUUGAUCAAUGUCUUUGAUCCAAUCUUCCUGCUGUAGGCAUAUCAGUAUCUGUAUCUCUUGCUUACUAAGCCGGAUGACCUUCCUUUGUUGCCUACGCUGUCGUCUUCUUCUAGCACUCUUCCUCUUCUUCACCGAAGUCUUCGCCUGGCUCACCUCCGCUUUAGGUUGCAACAUGCUCCCUUCAUCCUUAUUGUUAACUUUUGUGGUUGGUUACAAUCAUCAAACUCAAAAACUUUCACAACUGUUGCUUAGUCAUAUAAUCUUAUAACAAACAAAGGAAGUAUUGCAGUUCCUUAAUUUCAUAACCAUUCAAGCAUUCAAGCAUAUAUGGCCUUAACUUAAAAGCAAAUAAAUAAAAACAUUGAAACAGGUAAAUAGCAAUAUCAACAUCAGACAAUGUCAACAGCAAUUUAGUGAGUCCUUUUAGACCAAGACCUUCAAAAAAUGGUCUUAAGACUGGUCUCGAUUUGUUAAAAUAAUGAGCAGAAUAAAAUAUGAUUGUCACGGUUCACUAAUCCGCUGUCUCAUACUGUUGUCUGUGUGUAGGUUUUGGGAUGUGUCACUUGAUUGUUCUGUGUGGGCGUCGCCGCUGAUUGCUGAUCAGCGGCAGCUGUGGAUCAUUACACCUGCCUAUUUAAUGCCUUGUCUUUCGUCUCAUGUUUGUCAGAUCGUUUGUUGUAGUCCUGGUGUUGUCCCGUUGUUUCUCGUGUUUCUUGUUCCUGGACUGGAUUCUCGUCACUGUUUCCUGUUACCUGUCUGUCUCGUUGGAUUACUCGUUCUGGAUUUCAUUCACGGAUACUCACACGGACACACGGACUCACCAUUCAGGACCAUCAUUCAUCACGGACACUUCAUCGCCCAUCGAAGUCCCUGUGUUACCCCUCUCCUGCUGUCUGUGUUGCUGCUGUGUGUUUUGUGGUCUACUUACCUGGCGUGAAGCUCUAUUAAAGAGAUAUUAACUUGCAAUUGUAUCCAGUCUUCUUUUCCGUGACAAUGAUUUCCUCUUUUUUUCAUUUGAAUUCAAAGUUGAAAGUGGGUUUGAAGGGUACGUGGGCUUAAUGGGUACACUUACCCUAUAUUUUAAUGACUGAACAACUAACCGGUUUGUGUUGGGUGGAGCAGCUGAGAGGACUAUAUAAGUGAGAGCCCUGUGAAGGUUCUUCAAAGAUCUCUUCUGCUCUCGUCAGUGAAACAGCAGUAUCUUCUACAACAUCUUCUGAAUUCUCACCUACUUCUUCAGUGCCACGAAUACGGAAGAAAACAAAAUGCCAAAUGCACAGCAAAUAACCAAGCUCAAUGUCUCCACCUGUAAGGAUGAAGAGGAAAAACUCAGAGCUCAAGGUUAUCAGUUCAUCAAUGUUAACCUCAAUGAAGGUGCUGGUGGAAACCGGGUCCUUCUUUGGUUCAAGAAAGAGUGUGGCAACAGACCUGUGACCAGGAUCGAGUUCUCAUUCACUGACAGGAUGAAACCUGGUCUGGCUGAAGCUGGGUAUGAGGUGGUCAACAGGGAUCUGAAUGCAGGAGUUUGUGGAGAUCACAUCUUUCUGUGGUACUUCUACGGCAGCACUGAAUAUGACAUUCCUAUUGUGGACCUCACCAUAAGCAAAGGCGCCAAAGAAGAACCUGCUCUUCUGAAAGAUGGCUGGGAGAGACUGGGCUGUGAUCUGAACCGUAAUGCACGAGGAAACUUCAUCUACCUGUGGGUGAAGAGAGAGAAGACCAGCUACAUACAAGAGAUCACAGCAACUGUUGACUUCUCUUCUGACAAGCACAUGUUUGAACUGGGCUACACUUGUGCGAAUGAAAACACCAAUCGGGGCGCUGGUGGAAAACACAACGUCUUCCUCUGGUAUCGCCGCACAACUGAUAAGAAAAAGGCUCUCACUGCUCUUGACGUAUCCACCUCCCUCCAGGAGGAAUCAAAGCUUCAGAAGGAAGGCUAUAAAGUGCUAAGUGUUGAUCUCAAUACAGGAACCGGUGGAAAAGAGGUGUACCUAUGGUACAAGAAAGAGGGAUGUGAAUCGCAGAACCAAGCCAUGGUUCUGCUGAUCAACCGUGAUGCCUGGUUUGAGUAUCAGAAAGCUGGUAUCAACUUUAUCGAGAAAAAUCUGAAUGAGGGCAACAACGGCUAUGAAAUAUCCAUAUCCUACAAGUAAAACCACAGAAUCAUGCUGCCAUCACAGGAUCUUCUUCAGUUAUCUCAGUGGUAGAUCUAUAUUGCAGCUAUAAGCAUAUCUGUUUCUAAUGCAUGAUUUUAAUGUCAAGCAUAUUGUGACUGUGGCUGUUGUACUACACUCAACCACUCACAUUUCAUUUGGCCUCUGUGUUUAUGUUGAAAUGAAUUAUGAAAUAAAGUCAACUUCAACCACAACAAACGCUUUGGUGAGUUUUUCACACCUGUCUUUGGGAUACAUCUAGCAAUACGUUAUACUGUAUGCACUGCUUAUACUUAUACUUGGGUUUUUCUGUCACUUUAUUCACACACAUGAGAACAAAUGAGUGCUUGAAAUUAACCCAAAACUUAAAUAUGAAAAGCAAAACAAGCAAAAAACAACCCCCACCCCUCAAAAUACACAAAUACAAAGCAUUAAAAAGGUGUGGUCUAUAGAUUAUUCACAAAUUAUUACAGCUUUGCCCAUUGACCGCUCGGUCCAUAUUCACUGUCCUUUAUGAAGUGUUCUGUAAAUCACAUCAGUGAACAUCUGCUAAAUGGACUAAAAGAGCGUGCACUUAUCUUAAAUGUUGAUUUCAUAUGCUUUCUGAAGACUGCUGACAGCAACGCGUGCAGGCAGAUCAAAACACUGUUGAAUAUCAAAUGUCAAGUCUAUCCACCCAAAGAAUAUACACUAACAAGAAGCGACACUCAACAGAACGCUCCAUUGUUUAACAUUGAGAGUGCCUCUUGUAAAUCCUCCACAUUGAUCGCUCUUUUAUGUUUUCCAAUCACACUCUCUCUUUUGAAAUAUUCGGAUAAUAUAAUAGUGAAAAAUAGUCUCAAAAUUUGGACUCAGUUUCUACAUAAUUUUGGUUUUCAAGUUAUGCCCCUGUCUUCCCCGAUACAUUUUAAUCCAGUUCAUUGGUCAAAAUGUAAGCUAGCACAAAUUGAUCCAACCAUUGACCCGGAGUGUGAUAGGUGUCACUUAGGCCCAGCCACAUUAACCCACAUGUUUUGGACCUGUCCAGCUCUUUCUUCGUUCUGGGGGUCAGUGUUUCAUUCUCUCAGCCAUUACAUCUGUAGACAUACCACCAUCACCUGUCAUAGGCCUUUUUGGGGUGUUGCCUGGUGGCCUUUCACUGUCCACUCACUUUUCUAACUUUGUCACUUUUCUCACAUUGCUUGCUAGAGGUGUAGUCUUAUUAAAUUGGAAGAGCCCUCAGCCACCAUCUCACACACGUUGGAUGAAAGAUGCCCUGUUUUUCAUGAAACUAGAGAAGAUGAGAUACUCUUUACGGGGGCCUAACAGUGCUUUUAGUAAAAUCUGGAAGCCUUUUCUUGCACAUGUUAAAACUCUCCAGCUGGAUUCGGUCUGAUUAACCAUUCCCUUGUUAAUAUUCAUACUCACUGGUUGUUUAGUUUGUAACCCUCUGGAAUCUUUAAGA